ACAUUCUGUUCGUUAUGGGAGAUGUCCUGCCUUGCCCCAAGGCCACCGAUAUUUGCCCAGAUGUACUGCCGCCAGACGACAACAACCUGCGCUUCGAAUUAGGAUCGUACCAAAGUGCAGGGCCAAAAAAUGAUCCUCUUCGACCCAUGGAACCUUUCCCGAAUAGACCCGCAACCAGUGGCGCCACUUGUGGCAUAAAGACUUUGGGCCGCAGACCUGAGCGAUUCACGGAAAUAGUCGCAAGGGGAGGAAACGACUUCCAUCCAUUCAAGCUGUCUGCCCGCAAGUCCAUUGGAAGAAGCAGCAAUGCAAUUGGCUUUAUGUCAGACAGUCGUAGCACCCCAAAUAUGCACUUCUCUGUAAACGAUCCAGUCAGCGCGGACAGCAACAACGAUUUGUACGACCCGCUGCUAGUCCUAGUGGAUGAGCAAAAUGCAGACAUAAAGGGCACUCGCUUCUGCCCCAUCUGCCUGACCAACAUGUCGUGGUUGCCCAAGUUUGCGGCAUGCGUGAAUUGCGGUGCUAAGCCUGUGCCAGCCAUUGAGCAGUGCCACAAGGAGAAGACGCCAACGGCUGACGAAAUCUUAAAGGAUUUACUGGGCAAGCCGCCAGAAACUAUUGAGGAAUACUGCAGUAAGCAAACUCCUACAGUUGUGGUUGAGGAAAAAGAUCUGAAGCCCGCGUGUCGGUGCACUUGCCAGAACGGAAGAACCUGUGCCCACUGCCGGAUACGUAAACUCUGCGCUGAUAUUUUCCAUGAGGAUGAAAAGCCCGUUCCUUGCCUUGGCGCCAAAGAGCACACGAUCGAGAACAUUUGCAUGGAAAGUAAGACGUUGGAGAAACGCGGCCCACAUCUGACGCGGGUAUUCUCCGAGCUCCGCGAUCUGUACGACAUCAAUGCCACUAAGCUGUCCGAUGAGUUGAAAGACAAAUGCGAUCCAGUGGCAUGCAAACCAAAGGACAACAACUUGAAUGCGAGUGCCAAGCCCAAAUCGAAAGCAAAGCCAUUGGUAAAAGUCGAGAAAACCGUCUCAGCAACUGCCUUGCAAAAGCGAUUGCCCGUCAGAGUCGGCCACAAGUUCUGUGCUCAGCCACCCAGCAACGUGCCACCAAAUCACGGAUGGGCCUGGACCAAGAGCAAGGAGACCCGCAAGUACGGCUGGCAGCCAGGCUUCGUGCGCAAGUCGAUCAAACGGAUUAUGAAAUUCUUUUUGCAAUACCUGCCCGAGCGCAAUGCGUUCAACAGGUGCCUGAACGUCGCAUGCAAUGAGAAUGGGAAUGAACAAAACUUGCCCACACUGCGCGUAUUCAAGAAGAAGGGCGAAAUCUUCAUUACUCUGCGCGCUGUCAACAACACGGAAGCGGAAGUAAAGCCGAUUGUGUUCAAGAUUGUUAAGAGCGACUUGGCCGCCGCUCAAAGCGAGAUCAAGAAGACGCUUAAGGCCAAGGGCUACCGCAAGUGCACCUGUCACAAUACGCUGAUGAUGUGUGUCUGUCGCAGCGUCUGCGAGAAAAAGAAACUCGAGGGAGCUCUGCAAAAGGAGUGCAGUCGUCGAGGCAUAGAAAGCUGUGUGAACCAUCUGGUGCUAACAGACACCAGCGACAGCGAAAUGGAAUUUGACAUUCACGUGACAGCACCGACUCAGGAGGCGCAGUCUCCCGCGAUUCUGAAACCCCCGACCGCUAAUAUUGCCACCCAGGUGAAGAAUGUUAGUCUAUGCACCCCACCCAGAUAUCCCCUCAAGCAAAAUCCCUACCGGCGUGUCUAUGACUGUGCUACCAAUGGCCGAUACACUGGCACAGUCUUCGGCAGGCCGGCAGCGAUAGUGCUUGAGGACGGGAUGUUUGGACAAAUGGGCGGCGGGCUGUAUAAAGGGAAUACUACUCCGGGGAGCACCAGCAGUGGCUCGCUCCAAUGCGAUUUUAAAACUCAUGAGUAUAUUGGUCGUGCUCAACCUGAGCAAAAGCUGAUCAAAAGUUUGUUUGCCCCAAGCUUUAAGGGUCGUCUUCUCAACGACGGACGGCUUACUGGCGGGAUGGCUGUUCAGGCAAUACCUGGUUUAAACAAGCAGCCGGCUAACGGGGAAUGCGACUCCAAGUGCAGGCCGAAAGCAACGCCCAAGCGUUUGGCGAUGAAAACCAAAAAUAAACUCAACUCCCAGACUGCAGACAAGGAAAACAAAAUAGAAAAGAGUAAACAAAAUAAGGACAUGCAUUACGUGAAGAAAAGCGGCUCCUUUACUAAGCCAAAGCCUCUACUCAUACAGGAUGGCCUAACCGACUUACAGAAGAGACAACGCGCUUUCUUGCAAAUUCGCUCACCUCCCAUCGAGCUCGCCAAUCGUAAGGGCAACGAGUGCCAGAAUACACGUACCACUAAAUGUUUAUGUUCUCGUUUUAACAAUUUCUAAACAUAAAUUAUUGUAUA